AUGACCGUCACGGCAAGCUGGUUGUGCAAUUCCUGGGAGGAAUCGCCUGAGCUCUGGGACUGGAACCGGACAUGGUACACGGCUACCCCGCACUUUACCCCGUGCUUUCAGAAUACCGUACUGCUCUGGAUUCCAUGUAUCUACCUUUGGGUCUUGUUUCCCUUCUAUUAUCUUUAUCUCCAGAGGAACAGCAGAGGUUAUAUCCGGAUGUCAGGUGUCUUCAAAUCUAAAAUGGUUCUUGGCUUCACCUUGCUGUUGCUGUGUUUCUCGAGCCUCUUCUUCAUUCUCCGGCAAGCAAACCAGGGGGUCCCACAGGCAUCCAGGCUGAUCAUCAGCCCUGCUUUACAGAUGGUUACACUGAUACUUGUCAUAUUCCUCACCCAGAUGGAGCGAUCGAAAGGUGUCCAGUCUUCAGGCGUGCUACUGGUUUAUUGGCUGCUGUGUUUCUUUUCUGCUGCCAUCUCCUUUAGCUCUAAAAUUCAACAUGCCCUCGAAGGUGGCUUCGGAAAUGACCCCUUCCAUUAUGUGGUCUCAUAUAUUUACUUCACCCUGAUCUUGUUAGAGCUGGUGCUCUGCUGUUUCACAGACCAGCCUCCCCUCUUCUCCCAAGAUGCAGCUGAGAACCCGUGUCCAGAAGGAAGGGCCUCGUUUGUGUCCCAGAUCACUUUCUGGUGGUUCCUUGGGCUGCUCUGGAAGGGAUACCGGCAGCCAUUACAAACAGAAGACCUGUGGUCCUUGACAGGAGAAAAUACCUCCCAAGAGAUUGUGACUCAGAUUGAAAAGGCAUGGAGAAAGAAUCUCACAACAGCCAAGCGAGUUGCAGAAUUGGUGCAGUUUAGAAGUGAGCAAUCAAGGGAAGAGUCUGAAGAGACCUCCGUCCUGCUGCAGACAGAAUAUUGUCCAAGCAAGCCACUGCUGAAAGCUUUCUGGAGUACGUUCGGGCUGUACUUUCUCCUCGGAACAUUCAGUUUGGUCAUUGGGGAUAUCUUCUUGUUUUUGAUCCCAAAGACAUUGAGCCUUUUCCUAGACUUCAUCGCUGAUCAAGACGCUCCCUCUUGGAAAGGAUAUUUUUAUGCUGUGCUGCUGUUCCUGUUAGCGUGUCUCCAAACGCUGUUUGAGCAGCGCUACAUGUACGUGUGUCUGACUCUGGGAGUGAAGUUAAAGACUGCCGUUACAGGCCUUGUUUAUCGCAAGAUCUUAGUCCUGUCAGCUGCAGCCAAGAAAACAACAACCGUUGGGGAAAUUGUCAACUUGGUGUCUGUCGACGUUCAAAAGCUAACAGACCUCAUAGUCUAUUUUAAUGGGACCUGGCUGGCCCCUGUACGGAUCAUCAUCUGUUUUGUCUUCCUUUGGCAGCUCCUUGGGCCCUCUGCUUUGACCUCUGUUGCUGUGUUCCUGUUUCUCUUGCCACUGAACUUUGUGAUCACCAAGAAAAGAAGCCACUUCCAGAAAGUCCAAAUGCAGCAUAAGGAUCAUCGUGCCAAAUUGAUAGGUUCUAUUCUUGGCAACAUUAAAAUCCUCAAGCUGCAUGGCUGGGAGGAGCACUUCACAGGCCGAGUGCUGGACGCCCGAAGGCAGGAACUCGGGGCCCUGAAAACCUCCCAGUUUCUCUUCUCAGCAUCUCUGGCUUCUUUUCACUCCUCAACAUUUCUGAUUGCCUUUGUCAUGUUCGCCGUCUACACCUUGGCAGACGAGCACCAUGUCUUGAACGCCCAGAUUGCCUUUGUCUCCUUGGCCCUGGUCAACAUCCUCAACACCGCUCAUUCCUUCCUUCCCUUUUCCAUCAAUGCCGUCAUGCAAGCCAAGGUUUCCCUCAAACGUUUGGCCACCUUUCUCUCCCUUGAAGAGUUAGAGCAACCGGCUGCAGACUGUGAUUCUUUAGACUGCAUACAGGCCCGUAUUGUUGUCAGGCAUGGAACUUUCAGCUGGGGCAGAGAAUAUCCUCCCUGCCUGAAAAGGAUAAAUCUCAGUGUCCCCCAGGGCAGCCUGUGUGCUGUGGUUGGCCAAGUAGGAGCGGGCAAGUCCUCCUUACUCUCAGCGUUGCUUGGUGAGCUGUGGAGAACAGAAGGCUGCGUGGUCCUCAAGGGCACAGUGGCUUUCAUUCCCCAGGAGCCCUGGAUGCAAAACGCUUCUGUGGAAGACAAUGUUGUUUUUGGACAAGGGAUGGACAGGAAAUGGUAUGAGCAAGUGAUCGCAGCCUGUGCCCUGCAGCUGGACUUGGAGGACUUCCCUGCCGGAAGUCAGACUGAAAUAGGAGAGAAGGGCAUAAAUAUUUCUGGAGGACAGAAACAGAGGCUGGGACUGGCACGGGCCGUUUACAGGAAGGCUGCAAUUUACCUCCUGGAUGACCCACUGUCUGCUGUGGAUGCCCAGGUUGGCCAGCACAUUUUUGAGCAGGUCAUUGGACCCAACGGCCUGUUGAAAGACAAGACUCGUCUCCUGGUGACGAAUGCAGUCCACCUUUUGCCCCAAGUGGAUGACAUUAUUGUGAUGGCUGAUGGACAGAUCUCUGAAACUGGCCGUUUUCAAGAACUUGUGCAGAGAGGUGGAGCGUUUGCAGAAUUCUUGCGGUCUCACGAUAACAAAGAGAAAGAAAGCCGGGCUUGGCAAGGUGCAGGAAAUGGUCAUGAGAUGAUCCCACCAAGGCAGGUGACCCAUCAAGGAAAGCUUGCUGAGCUUGAGAGAGGUGGAUACAAACCUACAGAGGAGGAAAUGGCAGAACCAGUAACAGAAGGAGAGAGAGAAUUAACUGGCAGGGUCAAGCCUUCAGUCUACCUCAGCUAUCUGCGAGCAGGCGGCUCCCUCUUCUGGGCCUACAUUGUGCUCCUCUUCAUCUGUCAGCAAACAGCCUCCUUUAGCCGCAGCUACUGGCUGAGCCUCUGGGCCAACGACUCCACUGGCAAUGGAACGCAGCAGCACGUGCAGCUCCACCUAGGGGUUUUCUUUUUCCUUGGCGUUGCUCAAGCUCUCAGCAAGUUUGGGUCGACAGCCGCUGUAUUCCUGGCUGGAGCAAUCGCAUCCCGCAAGCUCUUUGUGAACCUUCUCCAGGACGUUCUCCGAUCUCCCAUGAUGUUCUUUGAACAGACGCCCACUGGUGACCUGCUGAACCGCUUCUCCAAAGAAAUGGAUUCGAUUGAUUCCAUCAUCCCGGACAAGCUGAAGUCCUUGCUUGGAUUUAUGUUCCAUCUACUGGAGAUUUACAUUGCAGUAAUGGUGGCCACGCCAAUAGCCGUAGUGGCCAUUGUGCCCCUGACUGCCUUGUAUGCUGUGUGCCAGAGCUUCUUUGUUGCCACCUCCUGCCAGCUAAAACGCCUGGAAGCCCACAGCCGUUCCCCUGUCUAUUCCCACAUCGCAGAGACCUUCCAAGGAAGCAGCAGCAUCCGUGCAUACAAAGACCAGCAACGGUUCAUUUUGCAGAACGAUUUCAAUGUGGAUGAAAACCAGAGGGCUGCUUUUCCUGCUGUGGUGGCUGACAGGUGGCUGGCCACAAACAUGGAGCUCCUUGGGAAUGGGCUCGUCCUUUCUGCAGCUGUACUUGCUGUGCUUAGCAAGCCACACCUCAGCCCAGGAAUGGUUGGCUUUUCCAUUUCUUGUGCUCUUCAGGUGACAGGCAUUUUGAACUGGAUGGUGCGUUCCUUGGCAGAUACGGAGAACAACAUUGUGUCAGUAGAGAGAGUGAGAGACUACUCUGAGACACCCAAAGAAGCUCCUUGGACUUUGGGUAGCAGCUUUCUAAGUGAGAACUGGCCUCCUGAAGGAAUGAUUGAAUUUAAAAAUUACAGCUUACGCUGCAGGCCAGACCUGGAGCUAUCACUGAAGAAUAUUAACAUCAAGAUCAAUGGGCGAGAAAAAGUUGGCAUAUCUGGCCGGACAGGGGCUGGGAAAUCCUCUUUGGCAAUGGGUCUCCUCCGGCUAGUGGAAGCAGCAGAGGGAGAUAUCUUGGUUGACGGGAUCAACAUUGCCCAAUUAGGUCUGCAUGAUCUGAGAAGCAAGAUAACCAUUAUCCCCCAGGACCCGGUCUUGUUUCCAGAUUCUCUCAGAAGGAACCUUGAUCCUCUGAAUGAGUACUCUGAUGAAGACAUCUGGAUUGCUUUGGAACGGGUUCUGCUGAAGAGCUUUGUCUUGGAUCAGCCUGACCGUUUGGCCUAUGAGUGCUCUGAAGGUGGUAGAAAUCUGAGUGUUGGCCAGCGGCAGCUCAUCUGCCUGGCACGAGCAUUGCUUCGAAAAACUCGAAUCCUGGUUCUGGAUGAAGCCACUGCAGCGGUGGAUCCCAAGACGGAUGUGCAGCUUCAGGCAACCCUAAAGACUCAGUUCAGCGAAUGCACUGUCCUCACCAUAGCCCACCGGGUUAAGACCAUCAUGGACUAUGACAGGAUUCUAGUGAUGGAAAGUGGUCACGUGGCAGAAUUUGAUAUCCCAGAGGCAUUAAUAGCCCAGAAAGGGCUUUUCUACAGAAUGGCUGAAGAAUCCGGCCUAAUGUGACCAAAGUCCAGGAACAUUCAGUGCUGCAGAGCCACUGUUGAUCUUAAUUAAAUACUUCACCUUGCAACAUCCCAGUCAGAGAGGUAACUGUU